GCCUGACACUGCUAAAGUUGUGCAAAGGCUAACUGCUCAGGGACAUCUACACACUCCACACCACUGAACAGAGCUUGUGUUUUGUUCUUGCACUAUGGAUGAUUUUGAAUACAGCUUGCACAUCUCCGAUCAAGCCUGGGAUACUUUUUUCCAGGAAUGUGAAGGUUGCAAUUUGCUCUCUCCGGGUCUUGCCAGCCGAGAGGACUCUGGCAUGAGCGACAUUGAUGAGAUGGGCAGCCACUUUCUAGGUGUGACCCGACUCCCAGGUACAGCAGAAUCAACAGAGCCUGAUCUUCAAGUAGAUGGCCCCCCGGACUGCGAGGGUUCGCCUGUAGACAAUUACCUCAGCAAGUAUGGGAUUGGUAGUCCAGAGCAGGUUCUCUCUGGAAGUGAGGAGGACCUGCACCUUCAGACUGUUAAUCUUUUCUUUGAGCAGUUAAAAAGCAUCACAGUAAAUGAACAGCCCUUGGAACAAAGCCAUGUUGAAAACUGUGGAAGUGAGAAGACCGACCAUCUGGAGGGUUUGAUUGAUAACCAGGAUAUUCAGUAUGUGGUUAUUUGUCCAUCUGGCAGAAUUGAGGCAAUUCCCAAAGGAGAGAUCUCUAAGCAGGGUGAGGCUGAUACCUGGGGCAGUACAGCUAUAGAAAAAGCUGUAAUGCCCACAUGCACUAAUGCACAGGUAAAUGCUUCAGAUUCCCCUGAAAGGGAGACGGUCAUUGGAGGGGAGUCAUUGUCAUCUCAGCUAAUUACAGUAGGAGUGAAACGAGAGCAGGAGAAAAGGCGUUGUGAUCUCAGCGCAGAGCUUAAGCUGAAACCUGAAACAAAGCCACCAGACAAAGUGAAAAUGCCACCCAUGGAGAUAGUUAACUGGAUAGAUAUGACUGUCUUAAAUCCAGCAAAGGGAAGCAUUGAUCAGUUGGAGAUAGGAAGCAGUUCUGACUCAAAAGUUUCACCAAUCAUUCAGAUCCCAGUCUCACCUUUCAAUCUCAGGAGAAAGAGAAGAAAGAAGAAGAGAAUUAGUAUGGAGGCAGGAGAGAUGAGUCCUGGACAUGAGGCUCAGAUACGAAUCCAUCAAAGUGAAUCGGAGGAUGAGAGAUUCGUUCAGAGAGAAGAGAUAAAUAAUCUUCCUAUAAAUGUAAAAAUGAUUGAGCCACCAUCAAUUCCAGAAAUUAAAAUCUCUCCGAUACUGCAUAAUAGUGAUCAUUUAUUGCAAUGCUUUGCUGUUGGUGCUGAGGCUCCAACUGGCUUAAAGUGUUCGAAAAGUUUGCCAGAAUCUUUUACCACAUUUGAUGUAGAGACAAUACCUCAAGUCAGACAAACAAGCAUAUGCAAUAUUUCCAAAAGCAUGAAGGAAAUGUCUCUUGUAAACAAUAGACAUUUGAAAGCGGAGGUCCAGCCGAAGUCCAUAUUGGCCGAGAAAGUUCUAAAUGUACAAGAAAGUGACGUAGCUUUAAAAAUAACAGAAUCUGCUUCCACCAUACAGUUAAGAGAGACGGACUGUUCUCCAACUCCGAGCCUGAGAGAAACCAUAUCAGAGUCUCUAAAUGAUAAUUCUCCAGCAGGAUGUCAAAGGAAAUCCUUAUUAUCUCCUAACAUUUCCAGUGCAGCUGAUUCAACAGAGCCUCUUUCCUCCUUAGUUUCUUUCAACUUGACUGAGGACACACAUAAAGAUGUAUCCUGUUUGGGAAAUGAGAUUGACUGCUAUGCAUUUAAAAGUGAAAAAAACUUGCCAAACAGAUGGAUUAUGACAGGGAUUUCAGACGUCCAACAAAGCAGCUCGUCUGUAAUGGAGAAGAUAGAUGAUGUAGAACCUUGCUCAGAUGGAAACACUUCAAAAAUGUUUUCACAGAAUACUUUGCAUAAAGAGAGAGCUGUUACUUGUGUGGACAUUUUAAAAUCUCAAACGUGUCAACUAAGAAUGGGUAGUCCUUUAAGCGAGACACAUUUAGAGACUGAAUGUAACAUGAUGGAAAAUACUGUUGUUUCUGAUGGAAAAGAUGAGGGACAUAUUCAAAACAAUAAUGAGGUGUUAAUGGUGAAUGCCUCUCUUAUAAAACCAGAUAAUUCAACUCAGGAAUCUGAAGGUAAGAAAGACAAGAGUGUAAAUGAAGAUGGUGUUGUAGAAUUCAAGAAUAAUGGUGAACAUCUAUUAAAUGAUAUAGCCAAUAGAUCAAUUGAACACAUUUUCAAUGAACAUUCAACCCAGAAUGCUUUAUCAGAUGUGUCAGAGAUAUCUCCUCCCACAGCUGCUGAAAGCCAGGGCACAUUCUCCGGUCCUCUUGAGUCAGAAAGUGGAUCCAAAGAUCCAGAGAAUAUUGUUCUUGGUGCAGAUCAAAUUCCAUCCCCUGUGUUUGCUAUCUCCUCAUUUUGGAAUGAAAUGGAAAAGUUAACCAUCAAUGACAUUUUGCGGCUGCGGAUGAUUGGGAGUGCCCAGCACCCCAGCGUUCUGACCCAGCCAGAUGAUAGAAGCGUCUCAGACACUAGUGAUGCUGCAGACUCCGGUUACUUUACACAACCAGAUGACUCUAAACCAGAGCGCCUGAGUGGAGACAUGUCUUUCAUAUCUGAUUUAGAUGAAGAUCUCUUACAGCUUCAAACUCAAUAUUCUUUGAAGCAAGAUGACGAGCCAUGUGGGUUUCCCAGCAGGUCUUGUAGUGUGAUGUGGGAGAAUGAUUCCGAUCCAGCGAUGGUGGGUGAGGAUGUGGUGUACAUCAGCUCUGAAACCGCUCUUCCUGAACAUCUCUAUGCAGCUGAUGCCCAACAGUGCUUCAGAAAAAUGUGCAAGAAUAUUAGCGUGCAGAACCUGCAAGAUCUGGAGGCUCAACCGAUCAGACAAAUGAUGAGAAAUGCUUCGCUGCGUUCGAUACAUUCAGAAGCAGAGGAUCCUUUCUACCACGUGAACACGUCAUACCCGACAUGCUUGUCUGACGAUGAGGACUUGGAGAGUGGUGGCAUCACGUUUUCUGAAAUAAUCCAGUAUUUCUUCAGUGAUGAUGAACCUGAACGGUGUUCUUCUCGUGCAGACAAUAACACCACCCCGUCCUACCUUGAGGAAUCGGGAACAUCUGUGCCAGAGAUGUAUGAUCAUUUCUUCUCAGAGUUUGAUUCUGGAAGCUUUUUUAAUCCGUUUGAAAAUGAUCAAAUGGUACCCAUUUUCUCCAGCACCCGCUCUAACAGAAACCUUCAGUUUCCAGAAGCGUAUGAUUCUUUUUUCCCUGAUUCCCCUGUCCAUUCAGAUGAAGAUGAUGAUAAUGACUAUUCACCCAUCAAGGUGGUGUCACGAUAUGACCAGAAGUCUUCCAACCACUAUUCUGUUGCAUCAACAGACAUGUAUGAGCACUUCUAUCCUGAAGACACUUUUAAGAGCGACCUCCUCUGGGCAAACCCAUUUUCACUCAGAAGGGUUCGACGCUCUGACCCUGCAGUCCCUGAAGAGAAUUCCUGGGCUCUCACCCCGGUGAAGCCCUUUCACAAAGGUAUACAGUCAAUCACUGUGAUAGGCCCUGAUGACAAACCCUUUCCAGAUUCAUUGUACCUCAACCUGGAGAACCGCAUCUUCCAGCAGCUGGCUGAGCAACAGAAGAAAUGUAUGGAGAUGCAGACUGUUGUUGCUGACCCAAGAUUGGAUUCCCCAUUCUUGCCUCUUAGACAGGCAGACAUGUGCUUGGUUUGUAUUGCAUUUGCCUCCUGGGUUCUUAAAUCAGCGAGUCCAGGAGCAGACACCUGGAAAGCUGCUCUCCUGGCGAACGUCAGUGCGCUCUCGGCCAUACGAUACCUGCGGAGACACAAGAGGGAGGAGGUUUCUGGAAAAACUUCUCUUCGUCAGAUAGAGCCCGCAUAACCCCAUUAUAGCUCAGCCAAUACUCACAGAUCUCAUUUCAUCACAUCACACUUUUUCCAUGUAAUCCUAAAGGGUGAUGGUGAAUGUCAUACACAUGCAUGCAGGUAAUUUUCCAUCUUUCUCAGUGCAUUUUAUUAGGAUUAAUGCAUUCAUUUACAUUGUUGUUGUAACUCAGAAACCUACUGUAUACAGUAGAUGCAACACAAUUAUAAAUGUGACUUAUGCCAUUGUGUUUUCUUCAUCAACAUAUGGAUACUAAGCAUAAGCAAUGUAAUGUAUGAAAUGACCAAAGCCUUGGAUCAAAGAUGUGUUGUGAAAGAGCACUGGUAGGUUUAUUGAUGUGAUUGCGAGAUACUUACAAAAGUAUAGUAAAUGUAUGUACUUGUGGAUUGUUUAUUGGAGGAGUCAUUUGUGCAGAUAGAAAGUUAAAGGGAUACACCACCCAAAAAUGAAAAUUCAGUUGUUGUUUUUUUUAAUGGUAGUCUAAGGUCCCCUACAACCGUUUGCUUUCCUAAAUUCUUCAAAAUAUCUCAUUUUAAUUUAUUUUUAUUAUUUUAAUAUCUUUAAAAAAUGAUUUUAAAAAAUCCUACUAUAGUAGUCAAUGAUGUUCCAUUAAUGUCAGUUGUUAACAUUUUUCCAGAUAUCUUUUUUGUGUUUAGCAGAAUAAAUAAAUAAAUUGAUACAGGUCUGAAACAACUUGAGGGUGAGCAUGACAGAAUUUUCAUUUUUAAGAGUAUCUUUUUAAUAUACUGAGAUACUACUGAGAUGCUGGAAUUUGGGGCCAAAUUGUCUUGGAGUAUUUAUUUUAAGCAUAUUGUAAUACAUUUCCAUAUGUGACAAUAGCCUGCCAACAAUAUCUGACAACAUAAAAAGAUUUGUUCAAAUUUCAUUCAGAUGGUGCUCCCUGCUUCAAAUAUUUCAGUUUAGACAGAAGUAUAGAAAUUGUCUGUUGUACCUAAAAUAAAUAUUUAUUUUCAAGAACUUUAAGAAGUUGAGAGUGUUAUCAUACAUGUUGUUCAUACCCUUGUUAUUCUUAGUUUUUUGCCACUAGAGGGCAGUAAUCACGCAGUUGUCCUUUGAUUGUGCAGGUUAGGGUUAGGGUUUUGCCAGUUUGACACUACAUGACUUUUUAAAGGGAAAAUGUCAUUGCGCUUUUCGUAAAAAAAUUAACCAGUGAUAUUUAUUUCAACUGUUUAAGAAAGGGACAAGAACAAUGAAUUUGUUACAUUUUCCUCAGGACUUGACAUUUACUUUACACUUCUAAAUGUUACCAGCAGGUGGCAGCAGAAGGUUGUUGAUAAAUCUCUGUAUAGUUCCAGCA